AUGGAGCCUCACGUAUGGAAGCGGGAUCGCAAGCUCCAUCUAAGCUACGAGAUACCACAUCGGACAACCGGCGCUCAGCUGUAUCCUGUGGCGGCGCCCAACGGCUCAGAUGUCAUCGUCUACGGACAUGACAGGGGCGUGCGGAUACUCUGGAGAGGGGGUCGAAGAAGGAGGCAGACCCAAGCCGCACAAGCAGCGGGAAAGGCGCAAACGAAUGGCACAAGGAGCCGGAAGGAUGCGGUGGCCUUGACAGCGGAUGAUGAUGACGAUGGGCAAGUAAUGUUUGAAGACGAGGAGGACGAACAAGAUCCUGAUUAUCCCUAUCCACGCAUCAACCAGGAAGUCGAUAUUGAGCUCGAAGCGGAAGUUCUGCGUCUUGCCUUGCCGAUUCUACCACUACUUGCACUUAGACAACAGGGCCUGCUUCGAGAGCAGGCCUAUCUGGCUAUCGCGUGUAGUGAUGGUAGCGUGCAAGUACUAAAGCUUGAUCUGAUACCUCCACUCGAUGAGGGUAGGGUCGACUACGCAGAGACGGUACGGAGUACUGCACUCACCCUUGUAGCAGAUGCAGCCGUCUGCACGGAUCUGGCAGCAAAAUUAUCGAUACGUAAACAGGACACUUUAAGCUCCGAUGACCCGACUUCGAUAUUCGUGGUAGCGGUGUCCGACGAGCUGCGAGUCUACAGCCUUCCCUUGUCCGAGACCUCACCCGAGACGAUCCGCAAGCCUCAGACUGUGCUUGUACCUCUACCGCAUCCUGUUGUUGCAGUGUCAUUGCAUCCUUCACCUACCUCAGGCCUCAUAUUGAUCGCAGACGUGUCGGGGGCCGUGCGAGUGUACGAGCACAUCUCCGAGCGUGGAGAUCUCGCGGAUGUGACCGAGGACCUGCACUUAACUGCACAGACAUCAGGUGGCUGGCGAACAGCAUUCAUGGGACCCUAUGCAGAAGCCCAGACCGGUGUUGCACGGCGCAAACACAUUCUGGACGUGCAAUGGGUUUUGGAUGGCAAAGCUGUUCUGGCUUUGCUGGAAGACGGAAGAUGGGGAUUAUGGGACUUUGCACUAGGCACCCAAUCACACCGUAGCCCUGGCGACUUCGUCUCUCACGGAUCACUUGCACCAACCACAAAUCUGGAAGCCGGACUCCCAAUUCGCCAGUCAAAGAGCACUUCUCGCUUAGCACCCAUGACUCCAAGCACGAGAAAGGCCAAGGCCGAGAAACUGUUUAUCGGCCCUUCCAAAACGACAGGCGCCCCUGGCAGAGGUGGAAUCUCAGUCUCGGCGAGCAGCAACCGCACAGGGAAUAUAGACGAAAGUGUAGUCAUAUGGUAUGACUCCGAAGUCUACACCAUUCCGAACAUGCAGGGAUUCUGGCAACGCAGCUCGGACAGCGGCAGCGGAGGCUCGGGCUCGCUGUACGCACCUGGCUUGACGCACAUCGGCGACGUCAGACUGCGAAAUGAAAACAUCACCUCGAUCUCGCAGUUUGCGCCGAGUGUCACCGGCGCUGGGGGGCAGAUGAACACUCCUCGCGACCUACUGGUCGCCGCCGAGCAUCGCCUGAUUAUCUCACAGAGCCUGCGAUCGCCGACGCCCGUUCGGUCUCUGUUCGCGCAAGCUGCUCCGAAAAGGCCGCCGGUAGAAGAUCAGAUCAUGCUUGACGCCGGGCAGCUUGAUCUCGGCGGCAUGGACCGCUUGCUGGACAGCAUGGCACAUGCAGACCCGAGACCACGUAAGGUUGGCUUUACGCACUGA